AUGAAAAUCAAGAACUCUGUGCCUACUAGUCCACAGUUUUAUGUUCAAGAUAUGGUCCAUAUUGCUACUAAACUCCGGACGAGAAUUUUGAAACCUGGCAUAUUUCUAAUAAACUUUUUUAUAUUCACAGGAAUAAUAUUUGAUAAAAACUCUACAACACUAUCAGAGUAUUUGUCCCAUAAAGAAAAUAGUGAAGAAAAUGAAGAUAUGUUUUAUAGUGAUGAAUGUGACUUUGGAAACACUGAAAGUAUUAUAGAUAACGUUGAUAAUACUGUGGAAGAUAAUAUUUUGGAUAAUAUUUUUGGAGAUGUGAGUGAAAUAGCAGAAUUCGGUAAAUUUGAUGAAAUUUUAAAUUUAAAAGAUUUUUUAAAUAAUGAUAAGAUUUUAUAUUCAAUUGCAAUCACAAUUAAGACUUGUCACAAUAUCUCAUUGGAUUCUCUUGAUUUUCCUUCAGAAUUUGUACCAGUAACUUUAAAUGAAAAUAGCAAAAUAAUAGUUAAAAAAUCAAGUUUAUGUUUAUGUUAA